AUGAUGUCUCGGACCGAUGAAAAUGAAGAAUGGCUUGACGCGGCAAUUAAGAAGCGCCAUAUUAGAUCAUACGAAUACGGCUCAUUCGAACAAAUUCAACUCAUCGCUACGGGCGGGUUUGACGAUACCAUGGGCACGUAUUUUUUGAUAUUUCAGUAUGCCAACGGAGGAACUCUUCAGGAUUAUUUGCGUGAUCUAUAUAGAAAUGGUCGUUUUUCCGAACUCGGGUGGCCGAGAAAGAUUGAGAUGGCAAAAGACAUUGCAAGUGGUUUAUACCGUAUACAUGCGGCGAAUAUUAUUCACCUAGAUCUACACUCCAAGAACGUCUUAAUUCAUAAUAAUAAGUUAAUGAUCACUGACUUUGGCCUAUCUAAGUUUCGAGAGAAGAUCCGAGAGAAGAUCAGAGAGGAGACAACAUCCAUUGUUGGUAACGUUUCUUCUGAUAAUGAGAAUGGUUGGUGUCGUGAAGAUAAAAUAUGUAAAAUUAAUGAGGCGAAUAUAAAAACUCGAAUUGAAUUGGUAAAUUCGGAUAUUACAUUCGAGACGUAUGUCUUAGAUGACAUUCAGGAUCAACGAGAUAAGGUCAAAUCAUAUUUUGCGAAAGGGAAUUACGUGAAGGCACUAGAACUUUGGGAACUCAUUCUUAAGGAUUCUCGACAUACGCCAGAAGAUCGGAG